UAUAAUGGAGUCAAGAAUUUUUGAAGCCUCCCUUACCGGUGACGUAACAACACUCCAUUCAUUGCUCUCCGAGGAUCCGCUUCUACUCGACCGAGUCACCCUAAACUCAGUCGAAACUCCUCUUCACAUCUCAUCCAUGGCGGGACAAACAGAGAUCACCAAAGAGUUUCUUGCCCUGAGGCCAAAAUGGGCUCGACAGCUCAACCAACAAGGGCUGAGCCCUCUCCACAUGGCCUCCGCAAAUGGGCACGUGGAGAUAGUGAAAGAGAUUGCGAGUGUCGUUGGAGCCGAUAUCUGUCGUUUGAAGGGUCAAGAUGGGAAGGUUUCACUUCACUGUGCUGCCAUGAAAGGUCAAGUGGGAGCACUUAGGGAGCUUGUUUCGGCUUGUCCCGAGUCUCUCUCGGAAGUGACCGUGGGAGAGGAGACCGCGCUUCAUCUGGCUGUGAAGAAUAACCAGUUUGAGGCUGUUAGGGUUUUGGUCGAGGAGCUUCGAAAGCUUGGGAGAAUGGAGAUAGUGAACUGGCACGACAGAGAAGGAAACACCGUUCUGCAUUUGGCAACUUUCCAUAAACAGCACGAGCGAUAG